AUGGAUUACAAGACCGAAUUCUUCAACUUGACCUCCACUGAGGUGCGCUUGCUGCUUUUGUCGAUUGUGUGUCCUAAGCGCAUCGAACAUUUUGACUUCAUGAUGCUGGGCGAGCUUGUGAACACUACUUCUCCCAUUGCUCGAGCCAACUACUUCAGUGCACGAGAGCGUCUGAUUGAAGGAGUCGAGAAGGAAAACGAUCCGAAUCAGUCCGUACUUGACGAGGGGAUCGACGGAGACGUCACCCCUACCAAGAACACCCCUUCCAAGGGCGGAAAGAAGUAG